UCAAAAGUAAUGGAUAUCAGAAUCUGUUUUCUCUCCUGCACUAUCUUAAAUUUUUUUCUGACAAGUACUAUCUUCUUGUCAUCUUGUUCAGCUCAGAAAACCAUUCUAGAUGAUCGACAUGCUCUUACUGCUUUCAAAGCUCACAUCACUCAUUCUGAUCCUAAUAACAUACUAUCUCUGCUCUGGUCUGACAAAAUCCCAACAUGUAAAUUGGAAGGUGUUUCUUGCAGUGUUCGUCGCCAAAGAGUUACCUCCCUGAACCUUUCAAAUAUGAACCUCACAGCCACUAUUUCUCCGCAUUUAGGCAACCUCUCUUUUCUUUCUUCUCUUUUCCUCAACUUCAACAAUUUUCAUGGCUUUCUCCCUAUGGAACUGGCAAAUUUGCGACGUUUACAACGCUUGCAUCUGCAAUAUAACAACUUAUCCGGACAAGUGCCAGUGUGGCUUGGAAAUUUUCAGCGUAUUGAAGAAAUAGUGCUUUCUAACAAUAGUUUUACUGGCUUCAUACCAUCUUCUGUGUUUAAUAUCUCCUCACUCACAGUGCUUAGCCUCGUGGCCAACGACUUCUCUGGCGCACUCCCUGAGAAUAUAUGUGAUGAUCUUCCAAAUUUGGAAAUAUUGUCAGUUGCUAUAAAUAGGCUUCAUGGACAAAUUCCAGCAAAUUUAUUCAAGUGCAUCAAGCUGCAGAAAUUGUCACUGUCAUAUAAUCAAUUUAGUGGAAGCAUUCCACGGCAAAUUGGGAAUUUGACAGAUCUCAGAGAAUUAUACCUUGGCUUCAACAACUUUAAAGAAGCAACGAUUCCGCGGGAGAUUGGGAAUCUUGUGCAGCUGGAGAGACUGGACAUCCCUAGUGCCUCUUUAACAGGGAGAAUUCCCUCAUCUAUUUUUAAUAUGUCUUCUUUGCAAACUCUUAAUUUCCAAAAUAAUAAACUUUUUGGAAGCCUCCCUCAGGACAUUAUUUAUAAUCUCCCUGCUCUUGAAAAUAUAUCCUUUUCCAUGAAUAAUCUAAGCGGACGGAUUCCAUCAAGCUUGUGGGAAUGCAAAGGACUUCAAAAUUUAAUUUUAAAAGAGAAUGAGUUCACUGGAAGCAUACCAAAGAAUAUUGGGAAUCUUACUUCACUCCAGUUCUUGUACCUUAAAUACAACAAGUUGACAGGUACUUUGCCAGAUGAGAUUGCCAACCUUAAUCUAGAGAUGAUUGUGAUUGGAAACAAUGGCUUCACAGGCCCUAUCCCAUCCAAAAUCUUUAAUAUCUCAACUCUGAGACACAUCGACUUUCAGUUCAACCAUCUGUCUGGACAUCUUCCAUCAGAUAUCAGGUUGCCAAAUCUUGAACAGCUGUAUCUAGAUAACAACGAACUCGAUGGUUGGAUUCCAAGCUCUAUUACAAAUGCUUCCAAGAUCACUCUACUGCAGCUGUAUGGCAACUAUUUCGAUGGACCAAUUCCUAAUACUCUUGGUAACUUGAAAUUCCUGAAAAAACUGCAUCUUGCUGAUAAUAGUUUAAUCAAGGAGUCUGGAACUACAGAGUUGAGUUUCUUCAACUCCUUGACAAACUGCAGAUUUCUUCAAACACUGACCAUAUCACAGAAUUACUUGAAGGGAUUCAUUCCAAACUCAGUUGGGAAUCUAUCUACUUCUCUGUAUUACUUUGAGGCAUAUGAAAGCAACAUUAAGGGGAAGAUUCCGGCUGAAAUUGGAAAUUUGAGCGGCAUACAAGUCUUAGAGUUGUCUGGCAAUGAGCUGAGAGGAACUAUUCCCACAACAAUGGGAAGAUUGACAGAAAUGGGACGCUUGAGGCUUUCAGGCAAUAUAUUACAAGGUUCAAUCCCAAAAGAUCUUUGUAAUUUGAAAAUAAUCGGAGAGCUUGAUUUAAGUCACAAUAGGCUCGGUGGUUCCAUACCGCCAUGCAUGGGAGAAUUGAUAACUCUGGAAAAGCUUAACUUAAGCUCCAACGAGCUAACUUUUGAUAUACCAUCAAGUUUUUGGAGUCUUGUUAAGCUCAACCAAUUGAACUUGUCAUCAAAUCUGCUAAAUGGCAGUGUCGCACCAGAUAUUGGAAAUUUGAAUAUCAUAACACACAUAGACUUAUCAAGGAAUCAGUUAUCAGGUGAUAUCCCAACCACCAUUGGAAAGGCACAGAUGCUAAACUUCAUAUCCUUGGCAGAUAACAGAUUGCAGGGGUCAAUUCCAGAAUCAUUCAGCAAUCUAAAAGGCCUAGAAUUCUUGGAUCUUUCCACAAAUAAUCUGUCCGGAGAGAUGCCAGGAUCUUUGGGCACAAUCAGGUACUUGCAAUAUUUGAAUGUAUCUUUCAAUAUGCUACAAGGAGAGAUUCCUGCAACUGGAUCUUUUGCAAACUUUGGAGCUGAAUCUUUUGCUCAUAAUUUUGGCCUUUGCGGUCCUCCUCUGCCUAAUGUUUCACAAUGCAAACCCCAGAGGGUAACAAAGUCAAGGUCAGAUUUGUUGCAUUUGCUAAAAUACAUAUUACCACCUACAUUAUUAGUAAUAGUCAUUAGCUUUGUGGUAUAUAUCCGGAUGAGCAUUUACAAAAGAAAUCAAAGUUUACCAAUUGAAACAGAGUCAUCACUUGUCUCAUGGAGAAGGUUUUCACACUGUGAUCUUCAACGAGCAACCGAAUCAUUCAGUGCAAGAAACUUACUUGGAGUAGGCGGAUUUGCAUCUGUUUAUAAAGGGACACUUUCUGAUGGGACAACCGCUGCUGUAAAAGUUUUUAACACGCAGUGUGAAAAAUCAAUGAAGAGUUUUGACUGUGAAAGUGAAGUACUAGUGAAAAUCCGCCACAGAAAUCUGUUAAAGAUCAUUAGCAGUUGCAGUAACUUUGAGUUCAGAGCCUUGGUGUUGGAGUACAAGCCUAAUGGAAGCCUCGACAAAUGGUUGCAUGCACAUGAUUGUUGUUUGGAUAUUCUGCAAAGGCUAAACAUAAUGAUAGAUGUUGCAAAUGCCCUGGAAUAUCUACAUUCUGGACAGACCACAACAAUUAUUCAUUGUGACUUAAAGCCUAGUAACGUCUUGCUUGACGAAGACAUCGUUGCUUAUGUAUCUGACUUUGGCAUUGCUAAGCUCUUGGGGGAAGAAGAGUUUAGAGCACAAACUCAAACCUUGGGAACAAUUGGCUAUAUGGCACCAGAAUAUGGAAGUGAGGGGACAAUAUCCACUAAAGGGGAUGUGUACAGUUACGGGGUUGUCUUGAUGGAAACAUUCACAGGAAAGAAGCCAACAGAUGAGAUGUUUUGGGAUAAACUGAGCCUAAGAAGUUGGGUGAAGAAAAAUUUACAUUGUUCUUUACUUAAAGUGGUGGACAGCAAGUUGAUGGAAAGAGUUGAAGAACAUAAAUAUGCAGAGGAAUGUGUGACAGCCAUCUUGGAGUUGGCCUUGGAUUGUUCGGUUGAUUCAGCUGCUGAGAGGAUCACCAUGAAAGAGGCUGGGCAUCGACUUGGCAAAAUCAGAUUGAUGUUACAGAUGACUAGAUGACUACUAAAAGCUCAACUUAGCCAAUGAUGAUCACCAAGUCCGAAAUCUUGUUCCUUCAAGAUAUAAUUUCUUUAUAGUUUAAGAAAAAUAUAUAAAUUAGUGCUCGUUUGGUUGAUAAUGGGGAGUUGUUUUCAAUAUAAUCUGAAUUUAAUAUGAAAAUUGUAAU